CUAAUUCUCCAUCCAAAUAUUAAUUUGAUACAAUAUCACCACCCCUACCGAACAAUCAGAAAUAUUAAAAAAAACCUAGCAUUAAUUUUCUUCAAGAACCAAACAAUCAGAAAUAUCCUCCAAUAAUAUAUGGUAGAGUUUUGUGAACUUUUCUCCAUUUCAAAUUUCCUGCAACGAGAGUGAAAGUAGGAAGGACAUUUUUGUCUUUACAAUUAAAUAUUUAUCUCAAUAAAAAUAUCAAUAUGAGGAUUCGAACCCGAGUCUCUUAAAACAAAGACAACAAUCACAACCAAUUACACUAAACAAAUUUGUUGUAUCUUUUUUAGUACAAAGCAUACACAAAGUUAGACUCCGAAAAUUGGAUGAAUUUUCCAUCAUGAUUACCAAGCCCACUAAGUCUACCGUAUAUAUUUUUAUGGUGCUUGAUACUUCAGUUUUCAUAGUAGCUAGAGUUUCAUGUAAUUUUCUCAAUUUUAAAUUUUUUGCUCUCGCCUUAAUUUUUUUUGCUAAAGGUAGAUUGAUAAUUGGCUACCAUAGAAGAAACUAAUUAUGUUACUGCGUGUUGUAUCCUUGAAAUUUUCAAUUUAAAUUUAGUGCUUUUUUUUUAUCUUUGUUCUUAUCUCUUUUAACUUCCUCCGAAAUUCCCUCUAUCUUGCAAUAGUUUACGCCCCUUUCACUUUUCAAUACAAGGCCGCCUUUGAAAUCAAUCUUUUGGUAUCUCUUGACACUACGAUUUUAUUAUUCGGGAUUUAAGCUAGGCAAGUAGAAGAUUUCAACUCCGAUAUCAAUCCAUGACAAAUAGAAUGGAGUUCAAUAAAUGAAGUUGUAGAAGGAGGAUUAGAGAUUGAAUUUUUUAUUGAAACAUAUGUCUCUUGAGAUAAAAAUUUGGUUCUACAGCAGAGAGUGGUGACUAUUGGACCUUUAGGUUUAUGGUUUUUGCAGCUAGGUCGAUUCUUUAUUCAACCUAUUGGAACUGAUAGAUACGGAGUGUAUAAUUUUGUGUCUUAUUACUUCGAUCGAGUUUAUUAGCAUAUUGGAGGUAACCCUAAUUUUGCCGUUUGCUCUCAAGUUUUAUUGGUCCCCUCUUAAUUGAGUUGUUAGUAUAUAGUUGACUUGAAUCAACAACUCUCCAUUUCUUUUUGAUUAGUGGCAUAUUGUUCCUAAGGAGUGCAUUGAACCCUUUAUGUAGGAUUGUGAGGUUUAAAAUUGUGUUUCAAACUAUCUAUGGCGUGUGGGAAUUCCAAUGAGCUUUUGUACUCUAUCUUUCUUGACAAUCAACUAACCAAUAGCAUUUUAAUUGAGGCUUAAUUAUCAUUAUAAAAAUGAGAUCAAUCAUUUUUAUAUUUUAUAUUCUUAUUUCUCCAAAAGUUCGACCUAUAUAUUCUUUCUUUAUAUAUCAUCUAGAUCGAAGAAUUAUCAAUAAAAUUAAACGGGUUGAUAGACUUAAAUGUAACAUAAAAAUACAAAUAAUCAAAUAUGAACAUUCCGGCCAGCGGGCCGGGUUAUAAGUUAGUUAAAAAAAAAAAAACCCCUUUUGCUACCAAGUCUGAAAUCUUGCGUAAACUAAAUCCUGGUGAAACUGUGAAAGGUAAUGAUGAAUCGAAAACCCUCUGUUCUCCCCUGUUUUUCCAUCCAUUCCGAAACCAUGUCUUCAGAUUGCAAACGUCGCCGCCCGGAGACCAAUGGCUCUGGAGAAACAACCCAAAUCCGGACGGCAGCCGACGACGGCGAAGAAGAAGCAGACCGGAUCUCGCACUUACCCGGCGAGGUCAUCCAUGAGAUCCUCGCUCUCCUAGAAUCCCCAAAGGAAGCUGCAAAGGCCAGCAUACUGUCCUCAAGAUGGUUUAAGCUCUGGCGAUCAUACCCAAUCCUUGAAUUCCGCGAUACCCAGAUUGAAUCGACGCAAUCGGUGAAGGGAUUCGUUGUCGCCGCCAAGGAAAAGUUCAGUCGUAGAAGCGGCGAUACCCUGAUCUCCAUGGAAGCCGUCCGAAUCAAGUUCAAUAGUCGAAAGGAGUGGCCCGUAGAAAUCUGCUCUGCUUUACUCGAUGACAUGUUGGAGUUGGUUGCAAACAGAUCUCCCCCACCCCAAAAGAUUGAUAUUACAGCAGACGUUGACAAAAAUAUGGACAGAUUCUUCAAUUUCGAAGCUAGGGGAAGAUACUAUUAGAGAAAAAGAAUAACCAUUCUUUUUAUUU